AUGGCAGCAGUGGAAGACGUACGCAAAGCAGACGGCCACGACACAUCCAACGAGGACGGCCGGGCAGCCCGCGCGCGCCGCCUCAAGGCCAAGAACAGACGGAAGCGCUACCUCGACGUGCACCCGGAGUACUUCGCCGACGCCUCCCUCGAGCUCGCCGACCCGCUGCUCUACGACCGCCUCAUCCGCCGCUUCCAGACCGCCGCCGAGCGCGAAGCCGAGGGCCGCCGCAAGGGCUUCUCCGGGCAGAUGGCGACGGACCUGUGGCGCGUGGAAGCCAAGAAGGACGCCCUCAGCCACCCGAGCCCGGCGUCGCUGUUCACGUACACGCGCGGGCCCCAGGGCGAGAUACACGAGGCGGACAAGGACGAGGUGCCCAUGUCCAAGGACGAGGGCCGCGCGUGGUGGAAGGACGAGAUGACGCAGCGCUUCCUCCGCGGCGACGACGACGACUUCGACUAUGACAAGGUCGAUGCGAGUCACGCCUACGACGACCCAGAGGAAGAGCGCGAUAUCCAGGAUGCCUACUUUGACAGCAUGGAGUCGGACUUCGACACGGACGGCGAGGGCAAGGAGAAGGUGCUCACUGGGGAGACAGGCAUCCAAGAUUAUUGA